UCUUUGCACUUUUUUUUUCUUCAUGUUUUGCUAAUUCCUCAUUCAGUCUCCUUCGCAUCUUAAUUUAGCCUCAUCUCGUUUUCCAUCGAAGUCAAAGAGUAGUGGUUUGGAAAGGACACUUGAGGUACAAACCGAACGGCUGCGCUGAAGAAGAAGUGUUUUUGUGGGCUGUCGCUGUCCAAAGCUAACUGCUGCUGAGCAGAAGAUAUUUGGUUUGUGAGAGAGAAUGACAGCAGAGUGCGAAGAAGCUCUUUGCCGUUUAAACGAAGACAAGAAAGGAGUGGACGUACUGUUUUCAGGCCUGAACUUCCCUCACACACAGCAGGGUCAUGGAGGUGGAGCCUAUCCCAGCAGUCAUAGGACAUGGGACGGGAUACACCAUGGACGACAUGCAGCUGCUUUUGCUGAAGAAAGAAGAGAUUCACGCUGAGCAGCAGGAGUGCCAUCACAUUCAGGACCAGGAAGACCUAAAGCCACCAAACAUUAAAGAAGAAGAACUGAAACCUAGGAUAAGUCAGCAGGGUGAGGAACUUUAUCAUCUUGAUGAGGCUGGUACAAUCAAGUUCCCUUUCAGUGGUGUUCCUGUGAAAAGUGAAAAUAAUGAAGAAGAAAAACAGUCAUCAUGCCAUCAAAUCCAAAGAGAGGAGAGCAUGGAGGCAGAGCCUCGAGCUAGCAGUUCAAGCGAACACGUGAAAAUAGAAAGUGAUGAAGAGAAUGAUGGUGAAUCAGAGCCAUCUAGUAACUCCAGUGCAGAUAGUCACUUGCAAACACUUUUUGAUGACAAGACUUUAGACUGUUCUGAAACUGACACCGACGAUAGCUAUGAUUGGAAGGCUACCAGGGAACAGUUAGGUUUAAACACUGUGGAACAUAAGAAACCAUUUAGUUGCUCAGAAUGUGGAAAAACAUUUGGUCGUAUGAAUAAUUUGAGAGCACAUGAGGUAAUUCACACAGGAGAGAAACCUUUUAGCUGCACCGAAUGUGAUAAAAGAUUUGUACAAAAGGGUGCGCUUAAAAGGCACAUAAGAAUUCAUACAGGAGAGAAACCAUUUAGCUGCUCUGAUUGUGGAAAAACAUUUAGUUUCAUGAAUUUGAGGGAACACAAGAGAAUUCAUACAGGAGAGAAACCAUAUCACUGUGCUGUGUGUGGUAAAAAAUUUGUCCAAAAGGGUAAUCUGAAAAACCAUAUGAGAAUUCAUACAGGAGAAAAACUCUUUAGCUGCUCUGAGUGUGGUAAAAGAUUUGGACGAAGGGGUACAGUGAAAAGACAUAUGCGAAUACAUACAGGAGAGAAACUAUUUAGCUGCUCCGAAUGCGGUAGAACAUUUGGACAAAAUGAUGAGCUGGUGAGGCACAUGCGGGUUCAUACGGGAGAAAAACUAUUUAGCUGCUCUGAGUGUGGAAGACGAUUUGGGCAGAAUAGUUAUCUGAAGAGGCACAUGAGUGUUCAUACAGGAGAAAAACGUUUUGCUGCUCUGAGUGCGGCAAAAGAUUUGGCCAGAAGUCCCGCUUGAAAAUCCACAUGAGAAUUCAUACAGGAGAAAAUACAUUUACCUGCUCUGAGUGUGGUAAAAGAUUUGGUCAAAUGUGUGAUCUUAAAAGGCAUAUGAGAUUUCAUACAGGAGAAAAACGAUUUGGUUGU